AUGGCACACGUCGAGAGCUUCUACUUGGACUCGAAUCUGGAAAGUGACGCAGCUGCUCUUCCGAUUACUGAGAAUGACAUGGAGAUAGCGAAUUUCAUUGCUGAUUUGCCGCUCAACGACGACAGCAUCACUCGCAUCGUCAACUCACAACUUCAUUUCGAGAAGAAGAAUCAAGUUACGUCCGAUUAUUGUGUCGAAGCUCAGGAGCUCGAAAUGGGAAGUCAGGCGAACAUGAGUACAUCGAUUCUCGACAACCAGAAGUAUUUUGCACUUCCAAACACUCACUCAUCGCAAUAUGCGUGGCACUCAACUGAUGCCAUCUCUUCUCAUCAUCAAUAUGCGGCACAGAGCCCAAACAUCUACACGAAUGACUACAUGACUAGUGAACCUUCUGACUAUGUUUACAUGUGA